AUGCAGCUCCGCGCUCUGACAGGCCAGAUGAUGGGCAGAGGCGUGGUGAAGGAACAGAGGCGGAUCAGAGGGGAUGUUUUGAAUCCUACCUCACCAGUUCACCUCAGCUCACGACCGGGCUGGUGUCUUGUUGGUUCUCCUGCUGCGGUUUACAGGGACGGAGGGGAGAUGAAUCUAUACAGGAGCUUUGGGAACCUCAUGGAGGUUUGGGUGGUUGACGGAGGCCAGUGUUUGGACACAGAAUGGCUUGAAAAUAAUGGGGAGGACCCUCCUACACCCUUCUCUGAUGUGGGGACAAACCUGCGCUCAGAAUCAGUGGACUCUGGAGUGGAGACAGCAAGCUCUGUCACGUCUUUGCCACCUACACCCUGCUCUAUCUCAACAGAUAACGCAGAAAUUGAGGCAUUCACACCAGAAAGAGGACUAACUCCAGCUUCAACAUCACAGUCUCCCGUCCUCUCAUCUCCUGUGCUUCCCUCUUCAUCCUCUUCCUCCCCGCAGCUCCAUCCCAGCAGAGCUCAGCAGAGCUCCCCAGACUUGCACUUAAAAGUGGAGCAAGCACUACAGAAGACGGACUCUCUACGUCUAAAGAAAAACCCGGAGCCUCUUACAGUGGAUGAGGUGCUCAGGCGUCGACCUCGAGCAUCUUUCCUACCCAAACGGCACACAUCGGAGUUAGUGAGGGGUCAAAGGUCAGAGAGUUUUAGCCUAAGGGGGACGGAAAACCCAUCAGCGCUCAUGAGGCAGAUGUCAGACAUGUGCAGACGGCCGGUGUCGAUGAGGUGUGACACGCAGACAAGAUCAGAGGACUUUGGUGAGGAGGGGAGGCCAGGACUGAGUCCCGGGCUCUGCUACUUGGAGCAAGUGUGCCAAAUGUUAGAAGAAGUUGCCAGACAACAGAUGCACAGCCGAGCGUUACAGAUGGAGACGGAUGCCCUGCGGGAGCAUCAAGACGUGGAGGUUCCUGACACCUGUCACAGUGACUCUAAAGCUGCAGAGGAGGGCCUCACUUCCUGUCAGAAUCCUGGAAGUGCAGAGCCCAGUUCCAAUUCCCAGCAAAGGAAAGUUUAUGGCCAUUUUCGGCAGAGAUCGGCUUCAGACACAAAUCUUUCAAAACUACAUUUAAGAAAAAUGAACACAGACUGCAGAGGGCAGCAUUUGAGUACAACUGACCUGCUGGAGGAGCAAGAGGAAGACCACGAAAAACAGGAGUCUGGAAAAGUGCAGACAAAUAAAUUUAACAGGAACUGGAGGUUAAAAUUUGGGUCUUUUACAAAAGAGGAGUCUGCAGUGAGAGAUUUAAAGAGCCAACAGAUGCAGUCAUCUGUGAGAAACUCGGCCCGACGGCGGCUGAGCCAGCUGUUCAAGUGGAGGAGGAAAACUCAGCCUGUGUAAAUGGACCACGGUGUGUCUGUCAGGAUGUUUGGACAUUUUCUGUUUCAGUUCUGAAGAGGAGGAAGCUUUCCUUUAAAGGUCUGAGCACUGUCACUGCUGCUUUCAAACUGACAGCCCUGACUGUUCAGCCCAUGUGAUGUAGCAACCUGCCAUGUUUAUUUAUUAUUAGCUGUAUACUUGCCGUUUUAUACUGAUAAAAUUAUUUUGUAAAACUGUGAUGGAGAAUGUAAUUUCUCUGUCAUGUUACGUCAUAGCACUACAAAGCUUUAUUUUUCAAACAUCAAACUUGUAUCUGUAAAAAGCUCAAAAUUGGUGAAUACGGGUAUGCACUGUACAGUUUAUUACACUGUAAAUGUAAAGUGAUGUAAAUAUAAAUCUCAGAGAUUCUUA